AUGAGGUGGAAGCAGGAGGACAAAACGGGGGAUUUGCCUGGGCUUUCCCGAGAUCCCUGCUUCAGCGCGACUAACCCCUCUGCUUUUCUGUCGCCCCGCAGGAAUUUCUACUACAUCACCAUCCUGCGCGACCCGGUGUCGCGCUACCUGAGCGAAUGGCGGCACGUGCAGCGCGGCGCCACGUGGAAGGCGUCGCUGCACGUCUGCGACGGCCGCUCGCCCACCACCGAGGAGCUGCCCAGCUGCUACGCGGGCGACGACUGGUUGGGCUGCUCCCUGCAGGAGUUCAUGGAGUGUCCCUACAACCUGGCCAACAACCGCCAGGUCCGCAUGCUCUCCGACCUCAGCCUCGUGGGCUGCUACAACCUCUCCGUCAUGCCCGAGGAGCAGAGGAACAAGGUCCUGCUGGACAGCGCCAAGGAGAACCUGAAGCGCAUGGCCUUCUUCGGCCUCACCGAGUUCCAGAGGAAGACUCAGUACCUCUUUGAGAAGACUUUUAACAUGAACUUCAUCUCGCCGUUCACCCAGUACAACAGCACGAGGGCCUCCAGCGUGGAGAUCGACGAGCAGACUCAGCAGCGCAUCGAGGCGCUCAAUUUUUUAGACGUGGAAUUGUACGAUUACGCGAAAGACCUUUUCUUGCAGCGGUACCAGUACACGCGGCAGAAGGAGCACCAGGAAGCGCGGCGGAAACGCCAGGAGCAGCGCAAGAUCCUGCGGGCCCAGCGCAGGGAGCGCGGCCGCAACGGCUCCGCCGCCGACUACGCGGGCAACGUGGAGCGGUGGCGAUAGGGGAGCGC